CGCGGCGCGCGAAUUUCUGUUGUGUUGCAGAAGGUAGAAGAAUCAGAUGCACCUUUAUUCCUAGUUGAGUUGUCUUGAACGUGUAUGGCGCAUGCUAACGUGAUAAAACAGAGCUUAACGAACGUACAGUGCCGUUAGUUUGCGCGUCCUGCACUCGUUGACGUAAGAGGACCGACUGCGUUUUAGCAGUGAGCAAAGGAUGAGCAGCCCAGGACAGAGCAGCGGCACCAACCAAGCAGCUGAGCUCUUUGAAGGUUUGUGGAGGCAGCUCAGAGAUUGCCACCAGAAUGUGCUUCAAGAACUGGAGGCAAAAGUGAGUAAAUUGAAAAAGGAGCGCUGUCUAGAUGCUCAGAGGCUUGAGGUGUUUUACAGUCGUAAUCAGCAGCUGAAGGACCAAAACAAAACCCUGCAGGAUGCCAUCAGUCUCUUAGAGGAAAGGCUCAGAGCGGGAGAGUGUGAUCAGUGUUCCAUCCUAGAGGAGAGCCUGAAAAAUAACCAGGAUCUCAUCACCGCUCUGAAGAAUGAAAGAAACCAUCUUCAAGAAGAAAACAGCAGACUUCAUGCUCAAGUACAAAGGUUAAAAACAUCUUGCUCAGAGCGUCCAGUCACGUCUUCACCAGAACAUGAAGACUGCAUCAUCCCAGACUCUCCAAUACUGUCCAGCUCACUGCCGGUGGUAAACAAGCUAAAGAAACGUAAACGCAUGGACCAAAGCAAACACGUCCGCUACGCAGAACUGCCUUCACCACAGUCCAACAACUCACUCUUUAAUGAAGUGACUAAGGAGACUGCUGAUGCAUCAAAGUAUGUUGAAAGAGCAGAGCAGAGAGUGCUUGUACCCAACACAUGUGAGCUGGACACAUCCCCAGAGGAUGUGAUUUACGAUGCGGAGGUGGUUGCAGAUACCUGUGCCCUCGAACCCGUUAACAACCAACACAUGAAAACGAUUUCAGCCCGGCAAAGCAGCUCUAAACCUCCCUGGAAGAACGUUCCUGCAAUGUCCUCCACUUCAUCCAAGCUCAUCCAUUGCCUAGACUCAAGCACAGUCUCUCCUUCUCUGCUUCCACGUGUAAAGAGGUUCUCAGACAGAUGCUCUCUUAGCAAAGCAAAACGCAAGAAGGAGGACAGUGAGUCGGACAUUCAACAGGACAACAAACAAGUCCAAGAACAGGUGGAGAGUCUAAAGGAAGCUCAGAGGACCUCCACAACCACAGGCGAGCAAAGCUUUGAGAAGCAGCCACUGGACAGCAAGGUUCAGCUGGUGGGAAAUGGCGCUUCAAAGCAAAACCCAAACGUUUCCUCUGCCAGUCCUUUUAAGAAGCCAAACAAGAAUUGGAAGAAAGAACCAGUCGGUGGAAAGGAAACAACCCCUGAGCACAAUCUGACAUCACACCACCAACAUGAAGAGGAUGAGGAGGGAAGGAAGCUGGAGCCCACGUGGAGCAUUGACCCUGCACUGGACCUGUCUGCCUACGAUAGCGAGUGCAGAGGAGAUGAGGAUAAAGAACCGUGCCCUGGGGAGCUGGUGGACACAGACUGCACAUGGGUCAGUCACAGUUUACUGCAGCGUCAGGGAGAAAACAGCCAGGACAGAAGGAGUGUGACGGGACUUGGCCAAAAGGCAAACGACAGCUUGGACAUGAUGUUUGAUGCAACGGCUCAUGAGGAGUACAAGUCUUACAACUCUUCACGUUUAGCCUGUAUCCAGGCUGAUGAGGAUGAUGAUGUUGAUGAUGCUGAGGAAGAGGAGGAUGAAGAAGACGACGACCUUGAGCGCGGUCGUCCUGCAGACGCCUCGUGUCUCGGUAAAGCUCGGCAUCCAACAUUCGCACAUGUCGCAGUCAUUCGCAAGAAAGAGGAGAGGCGAAAACUGAAGGGCACCACCUGCAAGGAAUGUGAAGUAUAUUAUGCUCAUCUCCCAGAGGAGGAGAAACAGAAGAAGCUUUCUGCGUGUUCAAGGCACCGCUUUCUUUACGUCCCUCCCUCUACUCCAGAGAACUUUUGGGAAGUUGGAUUUCCAUCAACGCAGACCUGCAUUAACAGAGGUUAUAUUAAGGAGGAGAAAAAUCCUACAGCACGCUUACGAAGAAGACAACCACUUAACGCUUUAUUCUCCCCAAAGCAAAGCCAGCAGGACACCUAAAAGCAGAAGCAGCUAGAAGUGUUCUAAUGAUCUAAUUACACCUCAUCAUCAUCAACAUGUAUUUAAUGGCACAGAGAAGUAAAUUAUAUUUAUAGAACCAAUGAUAUGUUCGAAGAUCGUUUUUAAAUGAGUUUGUGCAGGUGCACGUGACAAAAGCAGCAGCCUUUCUAAAUGAUAAAGGCGUAUAAUCAGACCAGACAACGUUCAACAUAAUAAAAAAUGAGUCAAAUGAAAAAA